CAUGAAAUCUUAGAAUUCGAAAAAACCAAAUUUAAAGAUAACUUUAGACAAGAAGUCAGUUGCAUAAUUGUGUAAGUCAGAUAAACCUCCUAGCUCCAAGUGUUCCUAAAAGACCAUUUCCUCUAAUGAUAAGGUAAAUUAAUGAGACUAAUUUAUUUGAUUUAGACUACUGCUUCCUCCAAACAAUAAAGUUUCAAAUUUUAAGAUAGCUUUUCAACUCCAAAUCCAUCUUUCAUUUCGGAGGGAGAUAAGAAAUGUAUAUAUUUUUAAUAUAUAAUUACAGCAGUUGAACCUCAUCAAUCUCAGUUCAUUCAAUUCCUCAUUCAAGAGAAUUUACAACUUUAAAAACAAAAUUCAGAUAAAGACAAAAUAAUCACCAAACUCUUAACUACAAACAAACCUGUAUGUUUAUAGAGAGCCAAUACAUCUAACACAGAAAGAAAUAUCAAUAAAUAUUCUUCUACAGAGCAGUAAUAUUUUCAAACUAGAUGAUCUAGAAAAAAAAGUGAAUUAAAGAAAACCAAUUCCCCUCUAGGAUUCACUUUUUGUAACACAGACUAAGUGAAUGAUACCAGAACAAUCUAAAGUUAGCCAAUGACCAAAUCAAAUAAGAGACUCCCUAAAGAGUUUUAAAUUGUACCCAAUCAAAGAAGGUUUUUCAUCUGAA